AUCCUUCUGGGAGGUCAGUCAUGGGUGUGAGAGGCUUGCAGGGGUUUGUGGCAAGCAGCUGCCCACAUGUAUGUACAGCAGUGAAUUUCAAAGAGCUGGCCGAGCAGCACCAAAGCAAGCAUCCCGGAUGCACGCCCACCAUCGUGGUGGACGCCAUGUGCUGUCUCAGGUACUGGUACACCCCUGAGUCAUGGGUUUGCGGCGGCCAGUGGAAGGAGUACUUUUCUGUCCUGCGAGAUUUUGUGAGAACUUUUACAGACGUGGGCAUCAAGUUGGUAUUCUUCUUUGAUGGCAUGGUGGAGAAGGAGAAGAGAGAUGUUUGGGUGAAACGGAGACUCAAGAACAACAGGGAGAUUGCCAGGAUUUUCCAUUAUAUCAAGACGCACCGGGAGCAGCCCAGCAGGAGCAUGUUCUUCAUCCCCUCGGGGCUGGCCGUAUUCACGCGGUUUGCUCUGAAGGCGCUGGGUCAGGAAACCCUGUGCUCCUUACAGGAGGCUGACUACGAGGUGGCUUCCUACGGCCUCCAGAACAGCUGUCUGGGGAUCCUCGGAGAAGACACCGACUACUUAAUUUAUGACUCCUGUCCCUACUUUUCCAUCAGUGAGCUCUGCCUGGACAGCCUCAGCACUGUCAUGCUCUGUAGGGAGAAGCUCUGUGCGAGUCUGGGCCUCUGCCUGGCAGACCUUCCCCUUCUGGCCUGCCUGCUGGGCAACGACGUCGUCCCGGAAGGCAUGUUUGAAACCUUUCGGUACAAGUGCUUGUCCUUCUAUACCUCUGUGAAAGAGAACUGUGACAGGAGAGGCAACGUCAUCUUAGCUGUAGCAGACCACAUAGCUAAAGUCCUUCGCUUAUAUCAAGGUGAGAAAAAGCUGGAAGAGAUGUUACCUUUGGGACCAAACAAAGCUCUUUUUUAUAAGGGGAUGGCAUCAUAUCUUUUACCAGGACAGAAAUCUCCAUGGAUUCCCCCAAAAGCCAAAGCUAUAACAACUUUGGACAAGCAGAUAGUAUCAGUGAGUUCAGACCCUGAAUCCAAGCAAGAAAGUCCUGAGAGUUCAGACCCUGAAUCCAAGCAAGAAAGUCCUGAGAGUACAGAUUCUGGAUCCAAGCAAGAAAGUCCUGUGUGUACAGACCCUGAAUCCAAGCAAGAAAGUCCCAUGUGUACAGACCCUGAGUCUAAGCAGGAAGAUCCCAUGUGUACAGACCCUGAAUCCAAGCAGGAAGUUCCCAUGUGUACAGACCCUGAAUUCAAGGAGGAAGACCCCAUGAAUAUGGAGCCUGAAAUCAAGCGACAAGUAACCAUGGUUUCAGACACUGAAAUCUUAAAGGUUGCUAGAGCCCAGCACGUGCAGGCGGAGAGCUACCUGGUGUACAACAUCAUGGCCAGUGGGGAGAUCGAGUGCAGCAACACCUUGGAGGAUGCCCUGGACCAGGCCCUGCCCAGCCAGGCCUUCGUCUACCGCCCGGUGCGGCAGCGUGUCUACUCCCUCCUGCUGGCGGAUGGCCAUGAUGGCGCCAGCUGCCCUCCCGUCCAGGAGUGGUUUGUGUACUCUGGGAACCCGCUGACACACCCGGACCUCGUCAGGCCUCUGCAGAUGAGCCUCCCAGGGGGAACGCCUAGCUUGAAACUGCUGUGGCUGAACCAUGAGCCCGAAACCCAAGCACGGCGCGUGGAGGUGCUCCUCGCCUGUUUCGACCUCUCCUCCUCGAGGGAAGAGCUGCAGGCUGUGGAGAGCCCCUUUCAAGGGCUGUGCUGCCUCCUCACCUACCUGUUUGUGCAGGUGGACACACUGUGCUUGGAGGACCUGCAUGCUUUCAUCGCUCAGGCCCUGUGCCUCCCAGGGAAGUCAGCUGGGCAUCUCGCAGACUUACAGGUGGGGAACUGAGGUGGAGUGGGAGGCUGAACGCAACUUCUCAUGAAAUGAAGGGGACGUUGACGCCAAGUGGGACUUUCCUUGUCUGUUGACACUGGGUCGCCUCCCACCACCCUGUUAUUGGCGGAGUUGAAGUGGAUUCAGGGCCCUCAUGUCCAGCCAGCUUCUUGCCUCUUCCCUUUCCAUGAGAAAGACCCUGUGCCCAGGAGUAAGGCGGUUUGGGAAAAUGCCCUGGACAGCAGGCUGAGGGAAGCUGUGAGUGAGGGAAGGUGUUCAAUUUAAAGAAAGAAAAACCAGCCACAGGUGAGGAGGCGCUGGUCUCACCGACACAGCACAGGGAGGAGCUGAGCAGGCCCGGGCUCCUCUCAGGGGUGCUCAGUGCUCCGACGUGGCUUUUCCUGGACCAGCUGCAGCUGUCCGUGGUGCUCAGCCGACAGCUCCAGAGCACGGAGCGUGUUCCUUGUUCUGUAAGGGCUCCCCGUGCCUCAUGCAGCCCAAGGAGAGACACGUGGAGGGAGAUGGGAUUUAGGGUAGAAUCUGCAGAGUUAGGAGGGAAAGUCAUCAAAGUAACAGACUUAACUAGAGAGCACACGUAGCUUCUGGGGUCCCCCUUUUUAAGCAGCAAGACCAUCCCGCCCCCCCCACCUCCCCCCACUGGCUUUGACUCCAGCCUCCUUCCAGACGGAAGUUCUCCUUUCAGAAUGAAAGAAUCAAGAGGACAGACAGACGCAGCUAAGCAGGUGGGCAGCCUCUGCCCUCACACACGCUCCUGACAAGCUCUCUGCAGACAACUCCGCCAGACCCAGGAGGCUGAGGAGUAGCCCCAGGACACGAGGGCCAGACCCGCACCCGCUGUCCUCGGCGCCUGCCCAGCAAGGCUCGGGGAGUUUCCCUGAGGGCCGUCUUAGACGGCGGUGCCACUGCCACCCGGAGGCCCUGCCGCUUCCAUGUGGAACCUGCAACAUCGGACCAGGCCUUUCGGACCAGAAAGGUGACCUCAGAGCCUCCGACUUUAACGCUGUGGCCUGUGAAAGUCCCCACGUGGCUUCGAUGAGGAGAUUGCUGUCUGAUAAGCAGCUGGAGCCGGGCCUGCUCAGCCAGCUCCCACCAGCCCCGCGUCUCCACUGGUUUCAGCCCUCGUCAGCCGUUCGGUGUGGUUCUCUUCCUGAGCGGCUUGUCGAGGAGGAAAGCUGAGCUUAUUUUCCAAAACCUGACAUCGUAAUUAGAAAAACAAAACAAGGCAAAUGUGGCUGAGAAAUACUUUUCUAGGGAAAAGAUAUUCUGGAAAAUGAAAAUAUAUAACCACACCGGUUUUAACCACACAGGACCCUCGCCUGCAGACAUAGGGAAGCUCAGGAGAGCACCCUGGACAUGCGGGUGGUUCUGGGGUGAGCACAUCACUGCUGCUGGUGGUGUGGCCGGUGUAGAGCCAGAGGACAGCCGAGGGCCAGACCCGUGCCCUGCCUGUCUACCACGCCCAGUGUGCCCACCGCCUCUGCUAGGCCCCGCUCGGACAGUGGCGAAGGAAAGCCAUGCUAGGAAUCGGAGGUGCUGGUGCUGCCCCUCCCGUCCCGAGGUGGCAGAGCUGGGCCCACGUUCCCUGCAGCCCUGACACCUGCCCGAGACCAGGUCGUGCAUCCCUUUCCCACUUGGGACUCCUGGGGCAGCGAGAAGCCUGCAGCGGGAACACCGUGUGGCGGGGGCUGUGGCUCUGCUGCAGGGAGGAGGGUGGCGGCUCUGAAGGCUGCCCAGCACUGCCUCCUGUGCCAGAGCUGACGGGUGCCGCCUGGUCAGGUCGCUUGCUGUUGACUCACCGAGGCUUUAUGUUCACUGAAGAUCUCUAAGAGCAAACACUGUCUGUCACUUAGGUUUGUUGUUUCUCAAGAACAAACUUUCCAGUUUAAAAACUAGUGUCAUCUCCCCCUUGAUGGGAGCCUGCCUGUGGAGAGCUGCUAAGGCCAGAGGACCUGGGCACAGGUAGCCCUGCCCCGCCCCGCCCCGCCCCUGGGUUACCCGGCUUGCGGAGCCCAUCUCCCUAUUCAGUAGGGAGGGAGCUUGACCUUGGACAGGCUCUAGAGGACAUCAGCAGGCCAUGGUUUUAGGACAAUUUGGAAAGCAGUCCUGGACAGCAGACGCCUUUACUCAACCUUAGAUUGCCCGGUAAUCCCAGCUUAUGGUGAAUUUCCCAAGAUCAAGUGUUUUUUAUGUCGGUCAGUGAAGUGAAACCUUGAUUAUGAAGGGGAUAAAGUGUCACAUUUCCUGCCUUAUCCUGGUUUUGUGACUGAAUCAGACAGGCAGUGACGUCCAGGUGGCAGCUGCUGAACUUGAGUUCCUUGGCGGCUGAGCAGACGUGCACACGGCCAGAACCGUGGACGCCUGCUGGGUGGCGGUGACCUGUGUGCCACAGAGGCCAUAGGGAGGCGAAGGCUGUCGCCCAGCAGGUCCCCCCGGUGGCAGGUUAGCUCUGUCUCAGGGCAGUCAGGACGUUUCCCAUCAGGGGGACUCACCAGCAACAACAUACUUUGUGUUGGAAAGGUCGUCUUAAUUGUAAAAGUUAGCCCAUCAACCCUGUAAGCCAUUGUAUCCUCAGUGAUAAGUAUUUAUUUAAAAUGAUAUUUUCAGUAAUCACACU